AUGCUGCCAGGGAAAGCGGAGAAGAGGAUCGCUUCAUCAGUCUUCAUCACCCUGGUGCCACCGCGGAGGGAGGUGGUCACCAAGGAGAAAACCCAAAGAGAGCCCCAGCCGGACAGUGUCGAGGUCCCAGGCAGACCUCACCCCCAGAACCCACCGCCGCAGCCCCCCACAUUGCCCAAUGGGGGCGCUUAUCAGUGCUGUUUGUCCACUCUGGCUGGGACAGCAUUUGCUUUUGGGGCAUAAAUCUGCCCAGCGGCCCCCAUGCCUUCAUCCCCGCCGGUCCUCGUCCUCUCCGAAGCGCCCCAGCCCUUGUCCGCAGAGGCACUGGGUCCGGCGCUGCAGCAAUUGGACCUUGCAACACCUGCCACCCUCCAGGCUCCUUCUGCCCUCCCCACUGAAUUGAGGCUGCCCAAAUUUUGCCGGGAGCAAGCGGGCAAACCACAGUGGCAGGAUGCGAAUGGGUACCCGGAGAGGGACAGCUCCAGAGACAUCUGUGCCUUCUGCCACAAAGUGGUGGGACCCCGGGAGCCAACGGUGGAGGCGAUGCGGAAGCAGUACCACGCUGAUUGCUUCACCUGCCGGACAUGCCACCGGCUCCUGGCUGGCCAGCGCUACUACCAAAGAGAUGGGCGGCCCACGUGCGAUGCCUGCUACCAGGCCACGCUGGAGAAAUGUGCCAAGUGCCGGGGGCUGAUUGCGGAGCGCAUUGUCCGUGCCCUGGGCAAGGGCUACCACCCUGGCUGCUUCUCCUGCACCGCCUGUGGCCGGGCCAUUGGCGCCGAGAGCUUUGCCGUGGACGAGCGGGAUGAGGUGUACUGCGUGGCCGACUUUUACAGGAAAUAUGCUGCAGUUUGCAGCGCCUGUGAGCACCCCAUUGUCCCCCGCGAGGACAAGGACACCUACAAGAUCGAGUGCCUGGGACGCAGUUUCCAUGAGAGCUGCUACCGCUGUGAGAGCUGCGGGACGCCCUUAUCACCAGAGCCGACAGAGAAUGGGUGCUACCCCCUGGACGACCACCUCCUCUGCAAGUCCUGCCAUGUCCGCCGGCGAAAUGAGUCGUCCUGCUAA